ACAUAUGCACUAAGCUUCACGCGUGGAAUUCCAAAUUCCAACUCCGUCCGACUAGAAAAAGGCGAGUGGUGGUUACUGCCUAACCAGUGAGAGCCGGCCGACACGAAGCAAAGCAGAAGCUCUCGGUCUGGGUCUGGGUCUUAUUCUGCUGCCUGCGCAACAGAGACUUGAAACAAAAAGGAAAAAAAUGGCAAAGAAAGCUUUAAAGUCGAAAAUUUCUCGUUCAUCUUCAACCUCCGCUGCCUCUGCUAAGAACUCACCCUCCAAUCAGAAAAUGGUGUUAAGGGCAAAAUCAAGUGAGAAAAUGAAGAGUUCAGGUCAACAGAGUGUUUUUAGGGAUAGAGAAAUGAGACCCAAGUCGAAGUCAAAGCCCAAAUCGAAGCCGAAGAAGAAGAACACCAAAAUUGAUGCUAGAAUGCCCAAGAAACCCCCAACAGCCUUCUUUUACUUCUUGGAGGAUUUUCGUAAGGAAUUUCAAGAGCAGAAUCCCGGUAUCAAGUCAAUGCGUGAUAUUGGAAAGGCAUGUGGUGAGAAGUGGAAGACAAUGACAUAUGAGUAUGAAUUGAUCCACGCUCGGCAUGUAAAUCAUAAUCAGGCUGUUCUCAUGAUGUUGCAAAAUAAUAGCACUAGCAGUUAUGAUAAUUUUUAUUGAACUUUUGUGGAUAUGCUUGUAAGAGUUAAGUUGUGGAUACAUUUUUAACUGAGUCUGAGAGCCAAGCAAUUUUAGUAAUGAUAUUUUGUCUUGUGCUAGUCAAAAUCAUAGGUCAUGAUCAUGGGUGACAUCAGCUUGUCAAAGCCUACUUAAGUUCUCUUUUAAGUAUAAGGUGCACAUUCAUGAUCUGCUCAUGGCAUUAUUUGCAUAAUGGGUGACACUGGCUUGUCAAAGCCUACUUAAGUUCUCUUUUAAGUACAAGGUGCACAUUCAUGAUCUGCUCAUGGAUUACUUGUAUAAUGGGUUACGUCGGCUUGUCAAAGCCUACUUAAUUUCUCUUUUAAUUACAAGGUGUACUACAUUCAUGAUCUGCUCAUGGCAUUAUUUGUAUAAGGAUGAAGAAAAUAGCUUUGAUAUCCUAUGGCACCUUACUUUUAAGACUUACAUAUUGCUGCUUGGUAAUAAAAUUGUUCCAAUUUUUUUUUAUUGGCCACUACCCUUAAAGGAUUUCCAUGACCUAGCUAGGGCUGCAGAAGUUAGCUCAUAGCUUGUAUAAAUGUGGCAACCUAUAUUAAUGCAUGGCAAGGAUGCCAAUGAUCUUGAGGGCUGAUUGUUUAUAUUCCCCAUUUGGACUUGAAGAAAAUAAAAAAAGGAUAUGUAAGUAGAAAAUAAAGGACUUUAUAGAGAAAAUGAGAAACAGUUGUCUGGGUUGUCUUAACUUUUUA